UCAGCUCUAGUGCUGUGGUCAAGAAAUAUUUAACCUCAAAAUCUGCUCAAAUUCAAAAAGUUCUAUAUAUAUGUUAAAAAGCGGUUUUUUAUACCAUUAUUGUGCAGAUUAAACUCUUUUUUACUUAAGUUUUAAAAUGGGAGUUACAUUAUAUCAUUUUCCACCUAGUGGCCCAUCCAGAGGAGCUCUACUAGCUGCGAAAGCAGUUGGCCUAGAUGUUGAUGUAGAAAUCAUAAACCUGUUUAAAAAAGAACAGUUUAAUGAAAAUUUUAUAAAAAUCAAUCUUCAACAUACUGUCCCAACUCUAGUUGAUGGUGACUUUGUAGUUUCAGACAGUCACGCAAUAGGCCCAUAUUUAGCAAGUGCAUAUGGUAAAGAUGCAAGUUUUUAUCCAAAAGACCCAAAACAAAAAGCCAUUGUAGAUCAAAGGUUAUAUUUUGAUUGUGGUACAUUGUAUCCACGAAUAAGAGCUAUUUGUUUUCCAGUACUAUUUCUGGGUGAAGACACAAUUCUAGAUGAACAUAAACAGCCUUUAGAAGAAGCAUUAGGUUUCUUAGAUGUUUUUUUGGAAGGAAACAACUUUGUUACUGGUGACAAGUUAACUGUUGCUGAUUGCUGUUUGGUUGCAUCAGUUUCUAGUAUUGUGGCUGUAGGAUGGGACAUAUCAGCCUACAACAAUGUGAAAAAUUGGGUCGCUAGAUGUGCUUUAGCAAUUCCAGGAUAUUCAGAAGCUAAUCAAGCUGGAGCUGAUGAAUUUGGCAAGCUAGUAAGAAGCAAGUUAGCCCCUGGACAGCUUCCUUAAAAUUAAGGUUUUUUUAAGAUUUUUUUAUUUUCAUAUAUUUUUUAUAAAAAAUAACAAAUAAAAUUGUCAUUAAACA